CAUAAACGGCACCCGCCAUUUCUAGCUGUGCGCGCUCCCUGGGACACAGUGAAACACCGAUCAUUGGACGGGACCUCUGUACAAGGUCCCGAUCAUGUGAUCACUGAUUGGCCAAUCAGUGAUCACUGUUAUAAGCAAUCAUUUUAACUGUCAUGAAUGGCUUUCAUUCAUGACAGCUUGCUUACUUUUGUGAUGCUAUGAUUGGCAACAGCUAUCACAUGGUACAAGGCCACUGUGAAUGGCCUUGCACUAUGUAAC